AUGAACCAAUUACAGUCUGAAAUCACUCAAUUAGAAUCUAAUCCUGCUAAAAACCAAGCCGAAUUAGAAUCUAAAAGAAAGAAAUUAAAAGAACUACAAGAAAAAGAAAAGCAAUUAUUUAAAUCUUUACCAAUAACUACGCAAAUCUCUAACUUAAAAAGAGAAAUCAAACAAUUAGAAAAUAAAUCCACUAGAACUAAGGCUGAAGAAGUUCUUUUAUCUGAAAAAAAGAAAGCAUUAGCUGAGUUAUUAAAAAAACAGCAAGGUGCUAAUACUGAUAAUGCUAAACCAACUGAUAAAACUGCUCUUUAUAUUGGUUUAGCAAUUGGAGCAGUAGUUUUAAUUGUUUAUCCCGCCAAUGCCGAUAAAUUAACUUAUUUAGAUAUAAGAGAUAAUAAUCUUCCUGAACAAGACUUAGCAGUUUUUAGUAUUUAUAAUCGUUUUGCGGGCAGUUUAGAAACUUUAAAAAAUCUAACUAAAUUACAAGAACUAGACAUUAAAAAUACUGACAUAAAUAGUGGUAAAGACCUUAGUGGUCAACAAUUAAAAUCCUGCACAGAUUUUGGUUUGCAACCUCAUGAUUAUGGUUUUGCUUGUUAUCUGACUAAACGAGGUUAUACCCCUCAAUCAGAAAUUAAUUUGGAGGAAUUAAGAAAAGAAUACUAUGCUAAAAGCCAAAAGAGCCAAGCCUGA